AUGCGUUCCACAAGUCAUCAGUCCAUGGACAUUGAGUCGCAGGAUGUCAAGGCACCUGUAGACAAACAAAACAUCUCUGCGUUCAAAAACCUAGGCUUACUAGAUCGCUUUCUUGCACUGUGGAUCAUCCUUGCCAUGGCUAUCGGUAUUCUGCUGGGGAACUUCGUGCCGGAAACUGGCCCCGCUCUCGAAAAGGGUCAAUUUGUGCAUGUCUCAAUACCAGUUGCAAUUGGUUUACUCAUCAUGAUGUAUCCCAUUCUAUGCAAAGUCAAGUACGAGACUCUUCAUCUAGCUUUCAAGGAGAAAAAGCUCUGGGUACAGAUUGGAUUCUCCAUUGUGAUGAACUGGAUCGUUGCACCCUUUCUUAUGCUUGCUCUUGCUUGGGCGUUCCUGCCAGACCAAAGCGAGCUCCGUGAAGGCCUCAUUCUUGUUGGACUUGCUAGAUGUAUCGCCAUGGUGCUUAUCUGGACUGGACUUGCCGGAGGCGAUAGUGAAUACUGCGCUAUUCUCGUCGCCAUCAACUCAAUCCUCCAGAUUGUUCUCUAUGCUCCCCUUGCUAUUCUCUUCAUCAACAUCAUCAGUCACUCUUCGAGCGGUAUAAGGCCCUCAUACUCGCUUGUGUCAACCAGCGUCGCGGCCUUCCUCGGCAUACCGUUAGGCGCUGCCAUCCUCACUCGUCUUGUCCUACGGGCCAUCACUAAAGAUGAUUGGUACGACCGCGUUUUCCUCAAAUGGGUUGCACCAUGGUCACUUAUUGGCCUUGUAUACACCAUCAUCGUACUCUUUGCAUCACAAGGCCACCGCGUGGUGCACCAAAUCAUUUCGGUGAUUCGCGUUGUGGCACCUCUGAUCGUCUACUUCAUUGUCAUGUUCAGUUUUACGCUCUGGAUUACGCACAUGCUAGGGUUUGGCUAUCGACUUGGCUCAACCCAGAGCUUCACGGCUGCAAGCAACAACUUCGAGUUGGCAAUUGCUGUCGCCGUGGCCACCUAUGGAGCCAACAGUGACCAGGCGCUUGCGUCGACGGUUGGACCGCUGAUCGAGGUCCCAGUGCUCUUAGGGUUGGUCUAUUUGGUAAGGUGGUUUGGAAACAAGCGACAAUGGGAUCCGUAA